AUGGCGUCCCAGGACCAAUUUCGUUCCCUGAAGACGUCCGGUGAUGUUGGACUAUGCGCACAGGUCUGCUCUACCAUCAAGCAGAGAUGCCCCGGCGUUGCCACAUCCCUGGACCAGCUCUUCAAUGAAGAGCUGUACGCAGCUAUGAAGUCACUGUACGAGAAGAGACAGAGCCCAUGGAUCUCAGCUGCCUACCUAGACUGGUUGGUCGCAACUGGCGUUUGGAAAGGAAAGUUCGUCGACAAGGACGUUCCGUGGGACACCCCGGCUCCAUCAAUGCGAGCCGCUCCAGGUAGCCAAGAGUUCUUCAACUACUGGCUCGAGCGUAACAUCCAGGCCAACUAUGACCCGACAGGAACUGAGAACAGCCGAACCAAACAUGAGGAUCACCUUCUUGUUGUCACACGAAUGCGCAACCCACACUUACCCUUUAUGUCAAAGCUGGGCGUAGGUGAGACGGAGAGUGAGGUAGAGCGGAUCCAGGUUGACGCUCUCCUCGAUACAGCCAGCUUGCAGCCGAAUGAUCUGCGCUUCGGUAGACGUGGCAUCUACAGAACGGGUGCCGAUGAAGCAUCAGAGGCCUGUGCUCUCUUAGAUGCUGCAUACCAGUCGCGAUACUCGUAUAUUACAGCAUACGACGCUACCAAAGCCGAAAUCAGGGAUGUCAAGAAUGAGAACUACAGAUUGGACUCUCAGAAUGAGAGACUCAGGGAGCGAAAUGCCUCCCUGACAGGGGCACUUGAGGAGUGCGACCAGCAGUACUGCCUCAUGGAGGAACAGAGAAAAGAGGCCAGCGAAUGUAUUGAGGACCUGAAGAUGAGUUUGGAGGAGCACAAGCGGCGAGAAGCUGCAUUGAGGGAGGUGUACAAAAGACUGGUACAACGUUGCCGCGACCAGAUGGGCUCAGAGGCUCAAUGUAUCUUGGACCAGAUGUACGAAGGCUGA